ACUGAGACGCACCAAAACAUCUCUCUCUCUCUCUCUCUCUCUCUCUCUCUCUCUCUCUCUGAAUUUUGUAAAAACUCACCCGUGACACAGAGAAUCGCAGAAAGCGACCGUAGAAGAAGGAGGAGACGGGAAAUGUGGGGAUUUGGUGGCAGAUGUUACUGGGGAAAGAAGGUAGCUGGCGACAAAGCAGAUGGGAUUGUUGUGGUGUUCGCAUGGAUGUCCAGCGAUGACAAGCACUUAGACAAAUAUGUUGACCUCUAUUCCUCUCUCCGAUGGAAUUCCCUCAUCUGCCAUUCUCAAUUCCUCAAUAUGUCAGUUCUCCCUCUAUCCUCAUCUUCAAUUCAAUUCAAUUCCCCUCUAUAUCAUCAACUGUUUGAUAUAAGGUUCUUUCCUGAGAAAGCCACAGCUCUUGCUGUUGAUAUUCUUAAUGAACUUGUUGAGGUGCUGAAAAUUAGGCCUUGCCCCCUUGUGUUUGCAUCAUUUUCGGGUGGUUCAAAAGCUUGCAUGCUCAAGAUUCUUCAGAUAAUCAAUGGGACUUCUGAAGCACAUAAUAUGGAUGACUAUCGGCUUGUUAAGGAUUGUAUAUCUGGUUACAUUUAUGAUUCCAGUCCGGUUGAUUUUACCAGUGAUUUGGGUGUUCGAUUUCUUCUACAACCAACUGUUUUGAAAGUUUCCCAUCCACCAAGAUUUGCUUUGUGGGUUGCAAAUAGCAUAGCAUCUGGUCUUGAUUCUCUUUUCCUUAGCAGAUUUGAAGCGCAGCGUGCAGAGUAUUGGCGUACUCUAUACUCAACCACUAGUAUGAAGGUCCCGUAUCUCAUUUUGUGUUCAGAAAAUGAUGAUCUUGCUCCAGUUCAAGUUAUUUCAAAUUUUUCUGAUAAACUUAAAUACUUUGGAGGAGAUGUCAAAUUGUUAAAAUGGAGUAAUUCUCCUCAUGUAGGUCAUUAUCGGCAUCAUCCAGUGGAUUACAAGGCUGCUAUUUCUGAGAUCCUUGGCAAGGCAGUUGCAAUUUACCGUCGCAAAAAUCAACGAACUGAAGAUGAGGUCCUAGGCAUAGAGGGAACUAGAGAUGAGACCACAGAUCCAUUCUCUGAAUUGAGGAAAGCAGCAGUGACCUCAACUAGUUUUCAGGGUUUUGCUGUUUCUCCAAGUGACAAUCUGUCACCUGUUUCAAUGGAGUACUACGAUGGUAAAGAUGUGGGCUCCAUACCUGAUGAACGCAAGGAAGGUUUUAUUCAUCUGCCAAGCCAUGCAAGCAUCAAUGCGCAUGGUGUUCUUGGCCAAAUACUGUUUGAUGUUUGUGUUCCAAGGAACGUUGACGAUUGGGAUAUCAGGUCAAAUUCCAAGAAUGCAGUGUUACAUGGUACAAGAAGGCAUGCUCCAUUUAAUCCUAUAAAAUGUAUUCGGCGCUCAAGAUUGUAAGACUUGUGUGACAAAAGUUUCAGGUGAACUCUUGCAAUCUUUGGAGGCAUAAGGACUAAUAAGCUCCUUCUUAUGCUUCUUUAAGCACCAAGGAGUAGGCAAUGUAAGCCUUGUUUAAUAUGGUAAAUUGUACAGCUACCUCAUCGGAGAAAAAACUAUUAUGGUUUUGACUGAGAUCACUGUAACAAGAAUAAAGAGGAUGUUGUAAAUGUAAUGUAAUAAUAUCCUUGUAUUACGUGUAGAGAUUCUGUUCGUACUGAAGAAACUUGUGCAAAUAACUGCUCUAGAAUUAGAUACGCAGUGAUCGCCAGAUAAGUAUAUAGGCAUAGAGUAUUAGAGUUCACUAUCUA